AUGGCAGUUCUGAAAUACCGGGGGCAGGGGAAAGAUCAGUCUUUUGUGACUCUAGCUACAAAUGACUCCUAUGUGAAAGGAGCACUGGUACUUGGUUCAUCUUUGCAACACUAUAGAACAACAAGGAAGUUGACUGUACUCAUAACUCCUCAGGUCUCAGAUCUCAUGAGGAAAGUGCUGGAAAGAGUCUUCGAUGAAGUUAUAUUGGUAAAUAUUCUGGAUAGUGGAGAUUCAGCACACUUGGCAUUAAUGAGGAGACCUGAACUGGGCAUCACUCUGACAAAACUUCACUGCUGGGAACUUACGCAGUACUCAAAAUGUAUUUUCAUGGAUGCAGACACAAUGGUUUUGUCAAAUAUUGAUGAACUUUUUGAGAGAGAAGAGCUGUCUGCAGCACCAGAUCCAGGCUGGCCUGACUGUUUUAAUUCUGGAGUUUUUGUGUACCGACCUUCCAUUGAAACGUACAAUCAGCUGUUACAGCUUGCCACAGAGAAAGGCAGCUUUGAUGGUGCGGACCAGGGCUUAUUAAACACCUUCUUCAGCAGCUGGGCAACAACAGACAUGAGCAAACAUCUACCAUUUAUUUAUAAUUUGAGCAGCACUUCUGUAUACUCCUACCUUCCAGCAUUUAAAGCGUUUGGUGCAAAUACUAAAGUGGUACAUUUCCUGGGAAGCACAAAACCAUGGAACUAUACAUAUGAUUCCAGGACAAAAAGCCUAAAAGGAGAAAUGCAUGACUCUAAAAUAGUUCACCCAGAAUUCCUCAACAUGUGGUGGGAUACCUACAUGGCUAAUAUUUUACCAUUACUAGAAGAGUAUGGAAUCAUCAAAGAAAAUACCACUGCUGUAAACACGGCAGAGGUUACAGAGGCAGUGUCCCACAUGUCAGUAUCAGCAGCAGCACCACCACCACCUUCCCCACCAGCACCAGUUCUACCAGCUUUGUCUUCACUAGAACGCAAGCAACGGUGGGAGCAAGGCCAAGCAGACUAUAUGGGAUUGGAUUCUUUUGACAACAUCAAGAAGAAGCUCGACACCUACCUUCAGUAGAAAUACUAGCCUCAAAUGCCAUCAGUGCAAGGACUUGCUUCUGUACUGUAGCCGGU